CGCAGAGCUGAAGCAGCCUCAGACUGUCUGGAGCCUCCGGAAACACAAAGAGGGAUUUCUUGUCAUUGCCUGCUGGCCCAGUAAAAGUCAGAGAGGAUGUUAAUGAUGAUGAUGAUGAUGAAGAAGAAGGGGCCAAAGUCUUUGACUGUGUUUGCUUUCGUUCUGGCCUCAGUCAACUGUAUCCUCCCCCCAUCGAAAGAGGAUCUCACCCGGAUUUCAGAGCUGGGAGAGAAAUAUCUGGAUGAACAGAUUGAAAAUGCCAUUAAUGGGGUGAAGGAGAUGAAGGCUGUGAUGCAGAAAUCUUCAGAAGACCACAAGAAGUUUCUGGACGCUCUGGAGAAAACCAGGCAGCAGAAAGAGGAUUCGAUGCGUGCUGCUCAGGAGAUGGAGGCCAAGCUGGAGCAGGAGGAGGAGGUUUGUAACGACACCAUGAAGGCUCUGUGGGAGGAGUGUAAGCCCUGUCUGAAGAACACCUGCAUCAAGUACUACUCAAGGACAUGCAGCAGCGGAUCUGGACUGGUGGGACGCCAGUUGGAGGACGUGCUGAACCGAACCUCUCCCUUCUCCAUCUGGAUCAACGGGGAGAAGAUAGGCGACCUGGAGCAGGAAGGACAACGACAAAGCAAAGAAUUCACGGACCUGGAGUCGAAAUACACAGAGAUGGCCGACGGAGUGGAGAGCAUAUUUUCAGACAGUAUGAAGGUGGCUGAUAGCGUACACUACAGCCCUUCAAGUUUCUUUAGUCUCUUCAGCCCCUACAAUCGCCGGAGAAGAAGCAUCCGCACAGUCUUCCAUGAGCCUUUCCAUGGCUUCCAAAAUUUGUUCGCACCCAUGAUGGGCAUGGGCAGGAACUUCUUCGGCUCCAUGGGUUCCAUGAUGGACCUUGACGCUGACACAAUCCCUAAUGAUAAUGGCAGUGUGAAUGAGGACGUCAUCAUCACCAAACCUUUUGGCAACGGCAAGAUGACCUGCAGAGAGAUUCGCCGCAACUCAGCCGGCUGCAUCAAGUUCCGUGGGGAGUGUGAGAAGUGCAAAGAGAUCCAACAUAUUGAUUGCUCCGGUAAGAAACCUCUAGAGGGCCCCCUGAAGGAGAACCUGGAGGAGGCACUGGCCAUGGCUGAGCGCUUCACCCAUCAGUACAACACCCUCCUGAAGAGGUUCGAGGAGCAGAUGUUCAACACCUCCUCCAUGCUGGACCUGUUCAACACGCAGUUCGGCUGGGUGUCGUCUCUGGCCAACAACACCAACUCAAAGGACAACAUCUUCCAAGUUCAGACAGUGAUUGGCAAGGACGACGCGCAGACUGGUGAGGAAACAACGCCAGGAGACACCAAAGUAUCCGUGCAGCUCUUCGACUCACCACCCAUGGACUUCAGCGUGUCAGGUGACAUUCCCUGGACCGACCCCAAAUUCUCAGAGGUGGUGGCCCAGAAGGCUCUGGACCGCUACAAGGAAACCAGCGUUGUGGUCAAAUAAAGUUGGAUUUGCAGCCCAACCUCCACCCAGUCAGCUGACAAGAGAAUGUUCUUGAUUCAUCUACAUUAAAACAAACCCGGAAACCCCAAAGCCAACCCACUGAUUCUGUUGUAAACCCUCUCCAAGUCCUGCUUUUACAGUUUAACCUCAGAGAUUUAUAUUGUUACAUUAGAGCUCUUCGUCCUGCUGUAAGAGAAGAUAUUUAGUAGAUGUACUCAUGUCUGUAGUACUUUAUACCACUUGUAGGUCUCAUAUCAUAUGUAAGCUGGGCACAAAAGGGUUAAAGCAUUAAGAAUGCUUGA